UUAUUUGUACAGGCGUGGAAACAACUAGGCAUUUUCUGUUAGAGUGGCUUAGUUACACCCACAGAUACAUUCCAGUUGGUUUAUUAGAUAUUAUCCCACAGCGUCUUAAUUGGCGGCCGCCAAGCUACUCUGGCAGGGAUGAUCUUGAGACCUUAAUGGCUUCCGACUCUGCUGCCGAUUGGAUUAGGAUAUCCGAAAUGCUGCUUGGCAAGGUUCCGGAAGGAUUUACUUUUGCUCCAAAACACAAGUCAAAUGCUUAUGACAAGGCUGAGAAUGGCUGAUUUUGCAAAUAUUCAUCUUUAGAUGCAGCUGAAAGAUUAUUAUAUGCAUCACCUUCCCUGGCCAGUUUAGAGAAAUUUUCCAAAAUUGGACAGAAGAAGGGAAAGGCUGCUUGAAAUGGGCUUCAAAUUUCCGGUGCUUGUAUUUCAGUGUUACACAAUUUGUUUGCAUAAUCAAGCAUUUUAAUCUUCUAAAUUGCUCAUUAAUUUAGUGAACGAUGGGCAUUUGGCAUAACUUUGUUACAACAAUGACAACAAACCUU